AUGGUCUCAUUCAUAGCAUUUGUUCUUCUACUUUUCCCUUUGGCAGCAUCAAUCGUUUCAGAUAGCCACACAGAUGCUCAACAACUGCCACUUGCUAAUCUAACCAAUUCGGAGGGGAUGAUGGGUCAGGAUCCUGAUGUUAAGACAAGUCUAGUAGAUUGCAACAAUAUUCAUAUUCCAGUUUCUGUACAAGAUACAAGACAUAUUCAAAGAUGGAAUGCUGCUCCUCCUAUACGACGCAGGUUGGCUCAAGAAGAUAUAGAACCCAUUCCAUUUACUGUUUCUAAAGCGGACACGGGUGGGGGUGGAAUUGACAAUACAACAAUUAUUAUUGUUGUUGUUUCUACUUCAACCGUCACCUUUCUUCUUGCUACCCUGCUCUUUUGUUGGUAUACUAGGACUUAUGGUGGGGGACAAAAUGAUGAGAAGCCUCUUCUCAGCUUAAGUAGGAGUGCUUCACAAAAAUCUUCAUACUCUAUCAAAGAUUCUGUUGAUCAAUCAUUUCCGGACCUACAGAAUACAGAUUCUUCUGUAAAUUCAAGUGUAUCAUUAGCCUUUGCGUCAGAGCUGCCCCCAGAAAGUUUGAGUGCUUCUAGAAUACCUCCUCUGAAGCCACCACCUGGAAGAGCUGAAUCGACAUUAAAGCCUCCACCUGGAAGGACAGAUCUGUCUGUACACCCUCCAUCUGCCAAUACUGCUUCAGCUCCUCCUCGAUCGCCUGCUGCAGUUCCAUCCCCGUCCCCAACUCCAGCUCCGGCUGCAGCUCCUUCCCCUCCUCCUCUACGAGCUCCUUCAGCUAGACGUCCACCGCCGCCGCCUCCACCAUCUGGAGGAGCACCUCCACCGCCUCCUCCCCUGAAGGAAGGUCCACGCCCACCACCUCCUCCAAGUGGUGGUAGAGCUCCACCUCGGCCACCUGGUGGAGGCCUUAAAACUCCCCGCCAUGCAUUUGGACCAGGUGAUCCCGAUGCAGAUGAUUCUAACAAAGCUAAGCUAAAGCCGUUCUUCUGGGAUAAGGUUAUGGCAACCCCUGAUCAAGCAAUGGUUUGGCAUCAGAUUAGAGCAGGCUCAUUCCAGUUCAAUGAAGAGAUGAUUGAAAAUUUAUUUGGCUAUAAUGCUGCCGAUAAAAACAAAACCAACAAUAAGAAGAGUUCAGCAGCACAAGAUCCCUCUUCGCAUUUUGUUCAAAUUAUUGAUUCCAAGAAAGCCCAAAAUUUGUCUAUUCUUCUAAAAGCACUGAAUGUGACGACAAAUGAAGUUUGUGAUGCGCUUAAAGAAGGAAAUGAGCUCCCAGUAGAACUUAUUCAAACAUUGCUGAAGAUGGCACCAACUGGAGAGGAGGAGUUGAAGCUAAGGCUGUAUAACGGGGAUCUUUCUCGCCUUGGAACUGCAGAGCGGUUUCUAAAAAGAUUGGUUGAAAUACCCUUUGCUUUUAAAAGGCUUGAGUCUUUGCUUUUUAUGUGCACACUUCAAGAGGAGGAAGAAAUCAUUAAGGAGUCCUUCCAAACAUUAGAGGCUGCUUGCGUACAACUUAGGAAAAGCCGGUUGUUCCUCAAACUUUUGGAAGCUGUUCUAAAAACAGGGAAUCGUAUGAAUGAUGGAACUUUCCGUGGGAGUGCACAAGCAUUUAAGCUUGACACACUCUUGAAGCUUUCAGAUGUGAAAGGUGUUGAUGGGAAAACGACUCUUUUGCAUUUUGUAGUACUGGAGAUCAUUCGGGCAGAAGGUGUUAGAGCUGCGAAAACAGCCCAGGAGACCAAGAGUUCCUCCAGCUUUAAAACCGAUGAUUUUCUUGAAGAAGAAGCUGCUGCUAAUUCUUGUCAAGGAGAUACAGAUGAAUAUUAUCGCACCCUUGGUCUUCAGGUGGUGUCCAGGUUGAGUAGUGAGCUGGAGGAUGUCAAGAAAGCAGCCAUUCUUGAUGCUGAAGGGUUGACUGGUACAGUCUCCAAAUUUGGUCAGGCACUCGUAAAAGCUCGUGAGUUCCUAAAUACGGAUCUCAAGAGCUUAGAGAAAGAAGAUGAGGAUGAGGACGAUGAUGAUGAGGAUGAGUUUUCGACGACUUUGUCCAACUUCGUGCAAAACGCUGAAAAGGAUGUCAUGUGGAUGCUUGAGGAAGAAAAGAGAAUAAUGGCUCUUGUGAAGAACACAGCAGAUUAUUUCCAUGGACAGGCGGGGAAGGAUGAGGGAUUGCGAUUAUUUAUCAUUGUUCGUGAUUUCCUCAUAAUUUUAGAUAAAGUGUGCAAAGAGAUUAAAGCCACACCUCUAAGGCCACCGCCUAAGACGACAUUGACGAAAGAUGUUUCAUCAUCUAAGACUACAGAGAAGAAAGAUGGUUCACCAUCUAGGACAAUGGAGACCAACAAUUAUGUUUCAUCACCACAGACAAACGAUGUUUCAACACCUAGGACACAGGAAACUCAUGAGACACCUAGGACACAUUCAUUGGGAGCUGAGAAUUCACCACAUAAGAUAUGGGAAACUGAGAAUCCAAGACAGGAACCUAAGGGUUCGCGACAUGAGACUCGAGAAGCCCAGGACUUACAACACGAGACACAUAAAGCUGAGGAUAUGCAGCAUGAGAUACAGGAAACUGUAGACAAGACACAGGAAGCUGACGAUUCACUACAUGAGAAGCAGCAGGAAGAUGAGGAUUUGGAACCCAAGACACAUGAAGACGAUUUGCGACAAGAGACAUUGGAACCUGAUGAUUCACAAUCUAAGAUGCAGGAAGAUGAUGUUUCACAACCAAAAACAUGGGAAAGUGAUAGUUUGCAACAUGAGAUGCGUAAAACUGAUUCAACUGAUGAUUCAGGACCUGAGACACAGGUGACCGAUGAUUUAGGACCUAAGACACAGGAAACUGAUAAUUCAGGGACCAAGACACUGGAAGAUGACGAUCCUCUGCCCAAGACACAUGAACAACUUCUUUCUGCCAUUGCAAUAAGACGGGUGGAUAGUAUUAGUUCUAACUCAAGUUCAGGCCAUGACUAA